CUUGGUGUUACGUUGCUUAAAUCGGGCAAUGGGACUGAACAUUACGACCAUCCUUGGAAACAGAAUUUCAGUCUUCAUAUCAAUGACUCAACAGAAGAAUCCUUUAACAGUUUUUCUAACAUCUUAGAAAGGUUUUUGACGAUAACAACUUCAGGAAAAAGAAAAAUUAUUAGAUGAUCCAGACCUUCAUGAAGAUCAAAACAACAUGACGAAUGUGAAAUAUCACAAAUGUAUUCCAAUGUUCAAUAAAGAUAGUAAAAAUGAGUCUGACUUUGAAAGGAAACAUAUGGAUGUGAAGGAACAUGCAAAAGGGAGCGUAAAGCGCAUGGAGCAUCCUUUGGAUACAUUCUCUAAAAACCCGAACAUUGACACAGACGACAAAAAACCCAAAGGUCAGACUGUUGUAACAGUGGUUUUGUACCAAACACCCACUGAACCUUACUUCCUGUUUAGUACAACCAGGGAUACAAAGGACUCACAACCUGAUUCCAUUGGAUGUGCGCACCAUGAUAAAAACCAACGUGCCAACAGUAAAACUUUACCUAUAACACCAGAAGACGUUAACUAUAAAAAUACAGAUGAGUCAACAUAUCAGGAAGGAAAAGAACAACCCACUGAGAACAAGUAUUUCAUACUGAAAGAAUGUUCCUGAACUAAACAGGAAGUUCUGAUAUGAUCAACCAGGAUGUACUGACGAAAAUCCAAAUUUCUCAGUGGUUCUUAUGUUUUUAAAUAUCAUGAUUACUACCAACUGUAGAGGAAAUUUACAGAACGCAUUAGUAGUCUCUUAAAAUGCUAAUAAAGAUAAAAUAUAGAUUGAAAGUGUACGGAAAGCGUAUGAAUAAACAGCUUAGUUGCAUUGAAUGAUACGAUGUAAAUUAUGAAAAAUAUAAAAAACUUAUCUUAUAUUGUAUAAUCCCCAUUGAAUUUAAUGCUACGGAAUAUACAAAAAAAUUAUUAAUCAUUUGUUAUAAGUAAACCUGUUCUGCACCAACCUUUACUCUCUUAAUAUUCAACACUCAUAUCUAUUAAAGCUAUUUGAAUAUAUUCCCUGAAAAAUAUCAUCACAUAACGUAACACGCUUUUAUACGUUUACAAAUAAAACAAUGGGUACACGGAUUCAACUAUCAAGGAAAUUAUCAGA